AAUGUGCUCAGAUCACAAUGAGAUGCGGCUGGUGAAUGGAAAGCAUCGGUGUGAGGGGAGAGUGGAAGUGUUCUACGAUGAGGCCUGGGGAACGGUGUGUUCCGAAAGUCUGGAUUUCCACGAUGGGGAAGUGAUUUGUAAACAGUUGCAGUGCGGUGCUCUCCUGUCCAUUGAUUAUUACACUGAGUUAUUCGGAGCAGGAACUGGACCUAUUUGGCUCGAUGACGUGGAGUGCCUGUCACACGAGCCAACCCUGUGGCAAUGUAAGAGAAAUCCGUGGGGUCAACACAACUGCGAACACAGGGAAGAUGCAGGUGUAGUUUGUUCAGAGACCAAUGCAAGAAAGGAGCAGUCCCUCAAUUCAAAUUCUUGCCAUCAGCAAGCAGUUUCGCAACACAACGUGAGCCUGGUUGGAGGAAGCAGCAACUGUUCUGGGAGAGUGGAAAUCCUGUGCGAUAAAGGCUGGGGCACGUUGUGUGGUGAUUCCUGGGAUAAAACUGAUGCCAAUGUUGUCUGCAGACAGCUGGGAUGUGGCUUUGCCGUAUCGGCCCGAGGAGGGCCCACUGUUUCUCAGGGUAAAGGCGUUACCUGGCAGAAUGAUGUGAAGUGUAAGGGAAGCGAAUCCUCCCUAUACGACUGUCUCUCCCAGGAACCAAUGCAAAGCGAGUGCAAUCACAAGGAAAUUGCCAGUGUGAUCUGUUCUGGACCGGAUUUAUUGAUGACAUCUCCUUCGCCUCCACCUGCUGGACAGGCAAGUGCAUCUAUUUCCAUACCAGUCGUCAUCUGCUUAACUUUGGGAUUCCUAUUAAUCUCUGAGUUAAUCGUUGUAAUGCUCGUUGUAACGUGGAGAAAAUUUCAAAUGAAAGACCGUUACACGCGUGGCAAAGUCUCCAGUCUUGGUUUGUAUCAAGGAAUUUAUGCAGAAAUUGAGGACAUUUCCCGUGACAAGAAGCCUUCUGAGAAACAUGAAGACGUAAACUUUGCUUCCUCUGAUUCGCUCAAUCGCUUCGAAUUCUGCACCAACCAUAGCUUGAGUGACAAUAAUCCGGCAUCAGAAAAUCUUGAGGUGAACGCCAACAGUAUUUCGGAUCGAAUUCAUGGCAGUUGCAAAGACAUUGACAUUGUCUCUCAGGAUGGUCAGCCACAAUUGGACAGUGAUCCCGAUGAAUCUUUCGUACUAACAAAUGCUGAGAAUGGUCUUAGUUCACUCGGUAAACGUUAGAGUCUAUUUCGGCAUGGACUGUCCUAAAGCAUAUAACAUUGAGAGAAGCCAUCCAGUAACAUUUCCGAUAUCUUUUUAUUUCUCAACAUAAGGUUCACUUGAUUGUACUUCAUCAGCAGUUACUUUGUAUUGAACUAACUAUAAUUGUAUUCUCUUCUUUAUUUUUGUCUCCUCUACUUUGUGAUUUAUCAUGACUUAAAAUGGGAAGUGAAAAGAGUGCAUCGAUUAUUGUAA